ACUCUAGUUUAAGUAAUGAAUGUCGGUAAAACAAAUUAAAAAUGGCAUGAAGAACUAAAGAGAUAUAGUACGAUAAAGAGAGACAAGAAGUGAGAGAACAAGAGAUACUAGAAAGAGAAAGAGGAAGAAUUUGUGUUUUAAGUGUGUUAGUGAAACAUUGAGAUUUUGAAGGACAAAGACAGAGAUGAAAUAUGGACAACGACGUGGAGUUUUGAAGGUGACGUUCUUUGACAAACACAUUCGAGAUCAAGAUUCCUUCAAAAGUCAGGAAGGUUUCUUUCUUCAUCUCUUUUAUGGAAGUUUUUUCAUGGAGAAUGAGAUCAGUGAUCCAAGUGGCGUUUGUUCUUGACAUUAGGUUUUAUUAGCAGCAUAUAUUCACCUUCCAUCUAUAGAUUAUUGUACAGUUAUUAGCAUAUAUAUUUCAACUUGAUCUUUGGAAUCAUUAGCAGAUAUUCAACAAUUGUUAGCUGAGAUGUAGGAUCGUGUUUUCCUUCCUCAUGUAAUAUAUACUACUGUAAAUGGAGAAUGAAAUGUACAGAGUAGAACAAUUCUCUUCUUCUUACAUGGUAUCAGAGCAGGUUCUCUGCAUAUUUCUAUAAGCAUAUUUCUUCAACGUUUUUUUUCUGCAGCUAUGUCAAAUACCACAUCCCAGGCAGCCUCCUCUUUCACAUCACCAUCCAUUCAAGACAUAUCCUCACCAUAUUUCCUUCAUUCCGCUGAUCAUCCUGGUGCCAUUCUGGUCUCCACUCUCCUUAAUGGUGAUAAUUAUCCUACCUGGAAAAGGGCAAUGAAAAUGGCCUUGAAUGCCAAGAACAAAUUGGUUUUUGUCAACGGUUCUCUCUCCAAGCCAACAUCUUCUGUUGCAGAAACUCAACUGUGGGAACGUUGCAGUGACAUGGUCUUGUCAUGGAUUCUCAAUUCUAUUGAUAAAUCCAUUGUUAGCAGUUUAAUCUAUCUUGCUUGCCCCCGUGAUGUCUGGCUUGAUCUUGAGGAUCGAUUUUCUCAAAGCAACAAUCCAAGGAUCUUCAAACUGAAACGAGACAUUGCUACUCUCACUCAAGGCUCCAUGACAAUCUCUGCAUACUUUACAACACUCAAAAGUCAUUGGGAUGAGCUAGCCAUGCUCACUCCCACACCACAAUGCACUUGUGGCAUCUUAACAGAAUUGAAUCACAUGCAAGAUACUGAACGUGUUUUUCAGUUUUUAAUGGGGUUGCAUGACUCAUAUGCUUCGAUUCGUAGCCAAGUUUUGGCUAUGGAUCCAUUACCUCCUGUUAACAAGGUAUAUUCAACCUUGCAUCAAGAAGAGAAACAACGCCUUCUUCAUAUUCCCAGUUUUCCAACUGAGUCUGCUGCUAUGAUGGCUCCUCGUCAUCUUUCUCAUCGUUUUGACAGUAAAGGACGAGGGCGUGGUCGUCCAAAAUGUGACUAUUGUGACCGUGAUGGUCACUGGAGAACACACUGUUAUAAGCUCAAUGGAUAUCCCAGCAACAGACCUCAACCUCGUGGAACAUUUGAUAGAACGUCUGGUUCGUCAAAGGCAGCAAAUAAUGUCAUUGGUUCUUCCACACCAGCUGGUUCCUCAAAAACUGAAAAUGUUGUUACUGGUUCUUCAACUUCUACUGAGAUAGCUAUCCCUGGUCUCACAAGUGAUCAAUACAAUCGGCUCUUGGAAUUUUUAUCACCCGUGAACACCAACUCUGCCAAUUUUGCUAGACCUAUCAACGAGGAAGCUGAUUGGAACGGGUGAAGUACGGGAUGGACUUUACCACUACAAACCUUUAUCUGUCUCUGUUUUUCAUUCUCAACGCAUUCCUGACUCUACUCUUUGGCAUCAACGACUCGGUCACCCUUCUACUUCAAGUAUUCCAACAACUUUAAAUUUUCCAAAAUCACAUUUGCCUUGUGAUGUUUGUGCUAGAGCAAAACACACUCGUUUACCUUUCUUUUUUAAUACAAAUAAGAGCACGUUUUGUUUUAAUCGGAUUUAUUGUGAUAUAUGGGGUGGUUAUCCUACA